AUGGGGAAUUCCCCUGUUUCCGCUUUGGUUCUUGCGGACAACAAUCUCGGAGGGUGCAUACCGGGAAGUAUUGGUCAAAUGGGGAAGACACUCAACGAGCUUAUCCUCUCCAACGAUAACUUAACCGGUUGUUUACCUCCUCAAAUCGGAAACCUCAAGAAAGUGACAGUUUUCGACAUCAGUUCAAACAGUCUACAAGGUCCGUUACCAUCUAGCAUCGGAAACAUGAAGAGCUUAGAAGAGCUUCACGUGGCUAACAAUGGCUUCGCAGGAAUCAUUCCUACAAGUAUCUGCCAGCUUACUAACCUUGAGAACUUUACUUACUCCUCUAACUUCUUCACCGGUCGUCCCCCGGUAUGCGCAACUGGUUCGUUAGUAGACGCUGUGGUGAACGGCUCCAUGAACUGUAUCAUAGGUUUGGCUAGUCAAAGAUCGGCUAAGCAGUGCUCAUCUCUGCUUGCUCGUCCUGUUGAUUGCAGUAAGUUUGGAUGUUUCAACAUCUUUUCUCCACCACCACCCACGUUCAAGAUGGCACCCCAGUUCCGGACACUUCCUCCACCGGUUUACGUGUACUCAUCGCCCCCACCACCGUCAUCCAAAAUGUCGCCUAGUGUCAGAGCAUACUCUCCCCCACCACCACCGUCGUCCAAGAUGUCGCCAACCGUCAGAGCAUACUCUGCACCACCGCCUCCUUAUUCCAAAAUGUCACCUACCGUUCGAGCUUACUCUCCACCACCGCCUUACGUAUACUCAUCACCGCCACCGCCUUACGUAUACUCAUCUCCUCCACCGCCACCGCCUUACGUAUACUCAUCACCGCCACCGCCUUACGUAUACUCAUCUCCACCCCCGCCUCCCCCAAGUCCACCCCCACCGUGUCCUGAAUCGUCUCCGCCACCGCCUGUUGUAUACUACGCACCCGUGACACAAAGCCCGCCACCACCAUCACCGGUAUACUACCCACCAGUAACACAAAGCCCGCCACCACUAUCACCGGUAUACUACGCACCCGUGACACAAAGCCCGCCACCACCAUCACCGGUAUACUACCCACCAGUAACACAAAGCCCGCCACCGCCAUCGCCGGUAUACUACCCACCAGUAACACAAAGCCCGCCACCGCCAUCGCCUGUAUACUAUCCGUCGGAAACACAAAGCCCGCCACCACCAUCGCCUGUAUACUAUCCGUCGGAAACACCAAGUCCUCCACCCCCGUCACCAAUAUACUAUCCAUCAGAAACACCAAGUCCUCCACCACCAACUGAGUACUACUAUUCACCAAGCCAGUCUCCGCCACCAGCAAAGGGAUGUAACGAAGGCCAUCCACCACAAGCAUCACCGAGUACUACUUACGAACCAACUCCUGAAUAUUCAUACACAUCAUCACCACCACCGUCUCCUCUUUCCUACCCGGAAACGUCUCUUCCACCGAUUCCAAGUGUCUCGUAUGAUGCGUCUCCUCCUUCUCCUCCGUCUUACUACUAG